AUGGCUGGAUUCGCAACAUCACGCCUGCUGGCCCUACUGACGCUGGCCACAGCCACCGCGGGCCAGAUCGCGUCCUCUGGAGCGACCGUCAAGCUUGGCCAACUCAGCUACUUUAUCAAUCCCUACAAAGCCGGAAGCAUUCCUCGAUCCUCUCUCAGUGCGAUCAGCGACAUACCGAGCGCCUUCGGGUUCACCCCAGUCACAGUCGUGGCCACAGCCACCAACCCCUCGAACCUAAACGCGGUCUUGACAAACUGGACGAGCAUCGACGACGUCUUCCAGGACGGUUUUGCUCAAGCCGUCUUUGUUGCGGGUCAGAAAAGCAGCACCACGCAGAACCUACUCGGCACAAAUGCAGUGGUAGCGCCGCUUGAUGCCUCCGACUUGCCCUCUGGGCCCUACUUUGUCGACUCGGCAGGCUCGGCAUACAGAGCUUACCGCUUGUACGAUGACUUUGUCGGUGCCUUUGCCGAGUCGCUUCUGCAGAAGCCGGAUGGAUCUUUCGAGACGCUCUCGGCCAAGAUCAGCUCCUCGGCCACGAUGAGCAUCGGUGUGCCGUCGAGACUGUACUUCACACGAACCAAGGAAAAGCCGUUGGCUGGAGUUCGCAUCGGAGUAAAGGAUCUCUUCGACCUCAACGGCGUAAAAAAGUCCAACGGCAACCGGGCAUGGUACCACUUGUACCCAGAGGCUGAGAAGACGGCUCCCGCAAUCCAGAACCUCAUCGAUGCCGGUGCUGUCGUCGUCGGCCAGCAGAUACCGGCACAAUUUGCGCAGGGUGGCACUGCCACGGCGGAUUGGAUCGACUACCACGCACCGUUCAAUCCCCGAGGAGAUGGUUAUAACGACGCUGGAGGUAGCUCGACAGGCGGUGGCGCAUCCAUCGCCGCAUACGAAUGGCUUGACUUGGCCGUUGGAACAGACACUGGUGGAAGCAUUCGCGGCCCUGCAGCUGACGGCGGAGCCUUUGGCAACCGGCCAAGCUGGGGAAGCGUGUCCUCGGACGGUUGCAUGCCCCUAUCUCCGACGAUGGACACCAUUGGAUUCAUCACUAGGGAUCCCGCGCUCUGGGACGCGGCUCAGGCAGCGUUGUAUCAGAGCAAGUAUACCUCCUACGCCGGUGACAAGGCGAUGAAGUGGCCGAGAAAGAUUUACAACAUUGGCGGCUGGCCGGACCCAGCCGAUCCUACACCACUUGACCAUCUGACGCAGAUUGUUGUCGACAUUAGAGACAAGAUUGUCAAGUUGACUGGCUCAGAGCUCCACGUGACUGAGAUUGCAGACGAAUGGGCCAAGACGAGGCCCAAGGCUGCCCAGGAUGCCAGUAUCAACGAGGUCCUCGAUCGUGUGUACACCACCAAGGUAGAGAAGGACGUUGUGCGGCUUGUCCGCGAACCAUUUUAUGCCGACUACAGCGCAAAACACGACGGUGCUCUGCCCGCUGUCGAUCCGGCCAACACCAACCGAUGGGGCUUUGCCGACCAGACGCCCGACUCGGAACUCGCCGCCGCCGAGACCAACAGAACCAUGUUCCGGGACUGGCUGCAGUCAGAGUUGCUGACGCCAGACGACGAGACAUGCUCAUCGGCCAUCAUCAUCUACGCGACAGUGCUCGCCGAUGCCGUGCCGCGCAACGUCUACCUGAGCCCGCCCAAGGUGAACCCCAAGUUCGCCCUGUCUCGCAUUGCGCCGUUUGCAGAAGUUCCAGACUUUGCGAUUCCGGUGGGGGAGUUUGAAGUGAACAGCACCAUUACGAAUCACACGCAGAAGCUGCCUUUGGGGCUGGGCAUCUUGGCGGCCAAAGGUUGCGAUGGAGUGCUGACGAGGUUGGCGCAGGAUAUGGUGAAGAGCGGCAUCAUUGGGACUUACAAGGCUGGUGGGACGAUGGAGGGCGGAGAGGUGCUGUUUAAGUGA